GGUCGAAUUGCAUAUUAAACUCUACAUAUUAUGGUUUUCUAAGCAUCACCAGCCACAAGUCGCAACUGAUUUACACCGAUUAGAAAUAGAAGCAUUUAACUUCGUAAAGUAGCGAACAAACUUAGUCUGCUCUCGCAUAAUUCGAGAUCUUCUUCGAUUUUAUACUAUGGCGAAACCAGCGAAGAAAAAAACCCCAACUGAGCCCAUUACAGUUUCAAAAAUUUAUGAAACGAUUCAAGCCAAAGGAUACCUUCACACAUUAUGGUUAGAUCUUAUAUUUGAUAUUAAAGCAAAGCCAACGUAUCAGCGUUUACAAGCUAUGGUCAGUGAUGUGAUUAAUAAUACUAUGUCAACUUUAACUUCAAACUCAGUUGAUGAAAAAGAUGAAAGACUAAAGGAAACUGGAUUAACUGAAAUCAGCAUAAUGACAUAUACUCUUGAUACUGUCAUUUCUGAAGUAUUGUAUCGGAAAUAUCAAAAUGAGUUUGAGGGCAUCGUAAGGAAUCUCAUUAAAGAUGUUCUAAAAUCCAAAGCAGCAGAAGCUCGUAAUUCUGCUAAAAAUGAUUCAGUAUUUGAGAACAUUCAAAGAAUUUUCAAUAAAAAAAAUCCUAAAUCAACAGAUAAUAAAGAGAAUGAUCAUACAGUCACUGAUGCUAACAAAUCUCAGAUCUCGAAUUCCUCUAAAGACGGGGGAGAAAUCAAAGCUGCUCCUGCUCGUAAGAGAGGAAGACCAAAGAAAACAAAUAUAGAUGAAGGAGAGGCUGCAAAUGGAACCGCUGUUCCUGAAAGCAAAGAAAUUAGCGUACCUAUGACUCCAGAAAAAAAUAUUGCAUGUGUUAAUGAUAAAAUAAAAUAUGAAGUCCCUGAUGAAGAGAGUGAUGCCGAAUCAGAGAUAUCUGUUGGAAGGAUGUCUCUCGACUCAGUUAGCUCAGUGCACACAAGUGAGUUAUCAUCUUUUGAAGACAAUAUUAGUAUUUGUUCAGAUGAUGAAGGAGAAAAGAAAUAUGUUCCUUUGAAAGUUGCGAAUGAAAUGUAUCUUCGAGGCAAACUUUCUCAGAUUUACGAAUUUGGAAAAAACAGUGAAAGAUUGAAACAAAAGAAGCAGGUUUCAAAGGAUCUCUCCAAAAGAAACAAUUCAGGUUUUCGAAAUGACAGCUUUUCAGUUCGUAAAGUUUUGCCUCAAAGAGUUAGGAAACCUAAUCCUAAGUAUAAUUCUGAAACUAUGUAUUGUGAUUACAAGGAUUAUUCAUUUCCACAUGCUGAUACAUUAUUAUCAAGUUCUCAAGAUGAGAUGGAUGACAAGAUUUUUGAACCCACUAAAAUCCAGGGAAAGCGUAAAAGGUCAAGCUUGGAUAAAGGAACUAGCUCUACUCCUCCUAAGAUUUCACCAGCUCGAAACAUUUCAGCAUCAAAGGGGAGAAAGGCAAAUAACUCCCCUAAAUCGAAAACUUCUACAAAAUGGUAUGAUACCUCCGAUUUGUACAAGCCUCGCCCAGUGACUGGAGGCAUAGGAUCACGAAGCACGGCUGUCACUGCAUUUUCAACAUAAAUUCCAUUUCAUGUUUAAUUCUUGUAAUGAACCUUGAGUGACAAUAUUUAUCACUCAAGAUAUUUCUCACAGUAUUUUCCGAUUCCUCAGAAAUUACUGUGCAUGGCUAAUAACUCAUUAAUCUAGAUUUUA